AUUAAAUAAUUUUUCAAAUCUUUAUGAGCAAUAAUUUAUUCAACGUACUCAACCUCUCCGACACCGAAGAAGUCCCAGAAUAAUAAUAGAAAAAGUCUAAGAAAAAUAAUAACAACAAGGAAUAGGUUAUACCAGUUGAGUAGGUAUAAAAAGAAAAUACCAAACAUGCUAAUCCCGCUCCUAAACAAAAAGGCGUUCCUGCUGAGCCACACCCUAAGGAUAGAUAGUCUGGCACUGGAAGAGGCAAAGAACAACGAAAAGAGGGCGGAGGCAGAAACAAUUGGGGAAAUUACAAGGAUGACCUUAAAGAAGAAAAAUAUACUGCAAAAGAGAAAAAGCCUUAGGAUGCACCAAGAGAAGAAUAAAAUGAAUAAACAACCCAACCAGUUCAACCUCCUGCCCCUGAAAAGACUCUUGCCGAUUAUUACUAAUAAAGAGGAGCUAAUGUUGAAGACGUCCUCAAGAAGACUGAGGCCAAACCAUAAGUGACCAAGGAAAUUGACGAAGAGGCAUUGAGAAAGGAUAAGCUUUUUGUCAUGAAAACAAGAGAAGACGAAAAAAAACAAUAAGAACAAAAGUAGAAAAAAACAAGACAAUAAUAACCAUAUAGAAGUGAAUUAAACAAAGAAGCUGCUGAAUAUUUGGGAUUCACAAAUCAAACAUAAGAGCCUGAAAGAAAGAAUGAAAGAAGAGGAGAAAGAAGAUAAUAAGAUAAAUAAGAACCAGUUUAAGAAUAAUAAUAAUAAAGUGAAACAUAAGCUUAAGAAGAAAAAGGAGAAAGAAAGGAAAGAGGAGAUAGACAAGGAGAUAGAUAAGACAGAGGUGAUAGACAAGGAAAUAGAGGAGAUAGAUAAGACAGAGGAGACAGAUAAAAUAAAGGAUACAAAGGAGAUAGAUAAGAUAGACCAUAACAUGAUAGAUAAAAUAGAGAUAACAACACAAGAGAUUAAAGAAGAGGAGAUAACCACAGAAAGGGAGAUGAUAAUAGAUAAGAUAAAAGACCUCAAUAAAGAUAAUAAGAAUAAGGAAUUCAAUUGGAUGACAAGGAUUUCCCAUCUUUAUGAGUAUGAUGAGUAUUAUAUAUAUGUCAUUAUUUAAAAUAUUUAUAAAUUGAAAUGCGGAUUAAA